CCAUUCACUCUUAUUUCUGAACGGAAAGUGAUGGCUGGCGCACGCGUGGACGGGACUCAAAGAAAGUUAUUUUGUUUUGUGUUUUACGUGCAAAGUUAACUUUAUCAAAACAAGUUUUUCGUGAAUUUUUAUAAAUAACUUUCCAAUGCAGUGAUUUCUAUUAUCUGGAUUCGAAUUAAAACAGCAUUGAUUGUUUAUUUUACAUGCCACAAAAGUGAACAAGUUUCUGAAGUGCACAUCCCAAGUUGAAAGUUUUAAAAACAAGGCCAACAUUCGAUAACAGAUUUUUCGCGCGACGUGAGAACAAAGAAAACUGUUAUGUUUAGAUCAACAAUGAUGCUCGCAAACAGUCUCCCAACGGCUGAAUAGAUAGAAAACCAAGCAAAAAGUGACCAAUUAACCCGUUCAAAGACAAUGUGACAUAACGCCAUCUUGCGGUUAACGUUUGAACUUGAUUGUGAGUGAAAGUGCUUCGGGCAAGAUGAAGUUGAAUUUGUUUAGGCGGUCUAUGAUCUUCGCUACGUUCUUCGGGGCGUGUCUUUGUAUCGCGUUGAUAGUGGCGUCGUUGGGGACUACGCAUUGGAUAGAUGCGCGGGCGCGGCGGACUUCAAACCCUCUGGAGUCUGAGGGCAGAAUCAGCUUUGGACUCUUUGAGGGCCACAAAGAGCUCAAUUUCGGUUACGGGUGGAGGAACCAUGACUUCAGCGUAAAAGCCGGCUCCCACCCUGCCCGCCGAUGGGCCUGGUGCGGGACAGCCGGUCAGCUGGGCGCAGCCUUGAUAUCAGCUGGAGGAGCCUGCAUACUGGCUGCCUUGGGCUCUGCGGCCCGGGUGCGUUGUUCACCGCGUCCACUGCUGAUUGGGAACUCUUUAGCAGUGCUGUUCACCCUCGGAGCGAUAUCCGUGUGGCUGACCGAGUACUUCCUGCGGCUGCAACACAACGUCAUGUCUGAUGAGGACCUCGCCAACACCUGGUCUUCGGACGGGAUGGCCGAUCUGGGACUGUCUUUUUGGUUGGUGGUAUCCGCCAGCAUAGCAGCCUUCGUCAACAUUGUCUGUGUCCUCAUAGCCAUGUCUGACGCUAGAGACAUAGACACGGUAGCCCCGGCAUUAGAGGAGAAAGUCAACGGCGCCAUCAUGCUGUACUAAUAGCAGCUUACCGACCAAAUAGUGUGUCGGGCGGACAACAGAUGGCGUUGUAUCCCAUUUAGAUCGCGCUAGUGUAUGCUAUUUGA